UGAAAUACAGGGGGACCCGCGAGUCACCCAGCUGCGCCAGGCGGCGCCCCCACUCCUGAUGGAAUUGUUUUCCCAGGGGCCCCAACUGCAGAGCGGGGGUCAGAGGGUGUCUGCGCGCCCAGGAGGCGGGGUGAAGACAGACAGACAGACCCACCAGCCAACUGCAGAAACCCAACCCUCCUGGUCCUCCUAAGCCCGUCCCGCCAGGAGUGGCGGGUGGGAAAGGCCUGUUUGCUAUUUGGGGGGUGAUCCUUGCCCACCGACCUGGCGGCGGCUUGGGAGGCUCACCGUACCCAGGACUAUGUUACCUUCUCCACCACUUACCCGGGGCGGAUACAAAUCCUGCCAGCGGACAGAGUUGGGAAACAGGGCUGGUUGGUGGUGGAAACACUGACAAGGAGAAUCAUAAACCGGAGCAAUGCAUUCCGAGGAUAGUUUGUAUUUCUGCUUGAAAGAAAAGAGGAAAAGAGCCACCAGCAGGAAUAAUUCGGCUGCAGGGCUGACUUCAAGGACAUGGAUUGUUGACCUCAUCCCAAUAUCAGAACCUCAGCAGUUAUUCUGAUUUUUGCACCAUUCCAGGCAAGUGGACUCUAUAUGGAAAUAAAAACUGAACCUUAGAGGUUGGAUGGAAAUUCACUGUGACAUUCCAAUCAAGAGAACGUGCUGAAGCCCACAGAGCCUUUCUCAGGGGGCCUGAUGGUAGCCUCCAGAAGGUGCGGCCUCAGGUGGUCCCCCUUCUUCUGUGGCAAGAAUAAACUUUGGGCCUUGGAUUGCAACACCACCUGCGGAGAAAAUGGUAUGCGAGGGAAAGCGAUCGGCCUCUUGCCCUUGUUUCUUCCUCCUGACAGCCAAGUUCUACUGGAUCCUCACCAUGAUGCAAAGAACUCACAGCCAGGAGUAUGCCCAUUCCAUCCGCAUGGAUGGGGACAUCAUUCUGGGGGGUCUCUUCCCGGUACACGCAAAGGGAGAGAGAGGGGUGCCAUGCGGGGAGCUGAAGAAGGAGAAGGGGAUCCACAGACUGGAGGCCAUGCUUUAUGCAAUCGACCAGAUUAAUAAGGACCCCGACCUCCUCACGAAUAUCACCCUGGGCGUCCGGAUCCUUGACACGUGCUCCAGGGACACCUAUGCUCUGGAGCAGUCGCUGACGUUCGUGCAGGCGCUGAUAGAGAAAGAUGCGUCGGACGUGAAGUGUGCUAACGGAGACCCACCCAUUUUCACCAAGCCUGACAAGAUCUCUGGAGUCAUAGGUGCUGCAGCCAGCUCCGUGUCCAUCAUGGUUGCUAACAUUUUAAGACUUUUCAAGAUACCUCAAAUCAGCUAUGCAUCCACAGCCCCUGAGCUAAGUGACAACACCAGGUAUGACUUCUUCUCUAGGGUGGUCCCGCCUGACUCCUACCAAGCACAAGCCAUGGUGGACAUUGUGACGGCCCUGGGGUGGAAUUAUGUGUCGACGCUGGCUUCUGAGGGCAACUAUGGAGAGAGUGGUGUGGAGGCAUUCACUCAGAUUUCAAGGGAGAUUGGUGGUGUUUGCAUUGCUCAAUCGCAGAAAAUCCCACGUGAACCAAGACCUGGAGAAUUUGAAAAGAUUAUCAAACGUCUGCUAGAAACACCUAAUGCCCGGGCAGUGAUUAUGUUUGCCAAUGAAGAUGAUAUCAGGAGGAUAUUGGAAGCAGCAAAAAAAUUAAACCAAAGUGGGCAUUUUCUCUGGAUUGGCUCCGAUAGUUGGGGAUCUAAAAUAGCACCCGUUUACCAGCAGGAGGAGAUUGCAGAAGGGGCUGUGACAAUUUUGCCCAAAAGAGCAUCGAUUGAUGGAUUUGAUCGCUACUUUAGAAGCCGAACUCUUGCCAAUAAUCGAAGAAAUGUGUGGUUUGCAGAAUUUUGGGAGGAGAAUUUUGGAUGCAAGUUAGGAUCACAUGGAAAAAGGAACAGUCACAUAAAGAAGUGCACAGGGCUGGAACGAAUUGCACGGGAUUCCUCUUACGAGCAGGAAGGAAAGGUGCAGUUUGUCAUCGAUGCGGUGUACUCCAUGGCUUACGCCCUGCACAACAUGCACAGAGACCUCUGCCCGGGAUACAUUGGCCUUUGCCCACGCAUGAGCACCAUCGAUGGGAAAGAGCUACUUGGUUAUAUUCGGGCCGUAAAUUUUAACGGUAGUGCUGGCACACCCGUCACUUUUAAUGAGAAUGGAGAUGCUCCUGGGCGCUACGACAUCUUCCAGUACCAAAUCACCAACAAGAGUACGGAGUACAAGGUCAUCGGGCACUGGACCAAUCAGCUCCACCUAAAAGUGGAAGACAUGCAGUGGGCUGGCAGGGAGCACACACACCCCGCCUCUGUGUGCAGCCUGCCCUGCCAGCCCGGGGAGAGGAAGAAGACGGUGAAGGGGGUCCCCUGCUGCUGGCACUGCGAGCGCUGCGAGGGCUACAACUACCAGGUGGACGAGCUCUCCUGCGAGCUCUGCCCCUUGGACCAGAGGCCCAACGCCAACCACACGGCCUGCCAGCUCAUCCCCAUCAUCAAGCUCGAGUGGCACUCGCCCUGGGCGGUGGUGCCCGUGUUCGUGGCCAUCCUGGGGAUCGUGGCCACCACGUUCGUGAUCGUGACCUUCGUCCGCUACAACGACACCCCGAUCGUGAGGGCUUCGGGGCGCGAGCUGAGCUACGUGCUCCUCACGGGGAUCUUCCUCUGCUACUCCAUCACCUUUCUCAUGAUCGCGGCGCCCGACACCGUUAUCUGCUCCCUGCGGCGGCUCUUCCUGGGGCUGGGCAUGUGCUUCAGCUACGCGGCCCUGCUGACCAAGACCAACCGCAUCCACCGGAUAUUCGAGCAGGGCAAGAAGUCCGUCACGGCGCCCAAGUUCAUCAGCCCGGCGUCCCAGCUGGUGAUCACCUUCAGCCUCAUCUCCCUGCAGCUCCUGGGCGUGUGCGUGUGGUUCGUGGUGGACCCCCCGCACAUCAUCAUCGACUACGGCGAGCAGCGGACGCUGGACCCCGAGAACGCCAGGGGCGUGCUCAAGUGCGACAUCUCCGACCUCUCGCUCAUCUGCUCCCUGGGCUACAGCAUUCUCCUGAUGGUCACCUGCACUGUGUACGCCAUCAAGACCAGAGGCGUCCCGGAGACGUUCAACGAGGCCAAGCCGAUCGGAUUUACCAUGUACACAACCUGCAUCAUCUGGCUAGCCUUCAUCCCCAUCUUUUUUGGGACAGCCCAGUCCGCAGAAAAGAUGUACAUCCAAACAACAACACUUACUGUCUCCAUGAGUUUAAGUGCUUCGGUGUCUUUGGGCAUGCUCUAUAUGCCCAAGGUUUAUAUUAUAAUUUUUCAUCCAGAGCAGAACGUUCAAAAACGCAAAAGGAGCUUCAAGGCUGUGGUGACAGCUGCCACCAUGCAAAGCAAACUGAUCCAAAAAGGAAAUGACAGACCCAACGGCGAGGUGAAAAAUGAACUCUGUGAGAGUCUUGAAACCAACACUUCCUCUACCAAGACAACAUAUAUCAGCUACAGUGAUCAUUCAAUCUGAAAAAGGGAAAUGACACACUAUGAAGAAAUCUGGUAUGUGAUCUCAAACAAUGAACAUGACACCACCAAGACUUACUCUUGGAGAUCUCUUUGGACUACAGUCAAUCAAAUCCAUAGUCAAUCUUGUGAGGAACAAAAAGUAGCCAUGAGCCAAAAAUAUCAACAAGAGAGAGAGAAGAAACCCAUUUUAUACAAUACAACCAAUGAAGUCUCAAGCUAAAGUAUUGCUUACUCACGAGCAAUUAAAAAUAAAUCACAAAAGGAAAACUAAUGUUAGCUUGUGAAAAAAAAAAUGCCGUUGAAAUAAACCAUGUCUGAUGUUACUCUUGUAAGUAUUUUUCUGUGAUUGUGAGAACUCCUGUUCCUGUGCCACAUUGUUCACUUGUAUAAGACAAUGAAUCUGUUUCUUGUAAUGGCUGAUGGAUUGAAGCCCUGGGUUGUGCUAAAAAUAAAUGCAAUGGUUGACGCAUGCAAUUUUUUAUACAAAUAAUUUAUUUCUAAUAAUAAAGGAAUGUUUUGCAAA